GCAACAAAAAGUUAGGUUUUACAAUGCUGAAUGUUGCAACAGCAAAGUAUCUUUGUAGAUCCACGCAUUGGUUCCUAUUUCUUGGAGAGAUCCCAGUGGCUAGUUGGGCAAAUGCUCUUCUGCCCCAGGAUUCUCUUGUGUUUCCAUAGGGUUCCAACAUGCCCCCACUCCCCAUUUUGUUUAUAUGGGGCUGGUAGGAAGAUUUGUAUGCAGACAUGAGUUGCAGUGUCUUAAGUAUGCUGCCAGUAUCAUCUCAUCCUCUCUGCCUCAGUUUCAUAUGACCUUGCUUGUCUUUAACAGAUUUUUGAAACCUUUCAUGUGGUGUAGAAUAGAUGAUGGAUUGCCAGCUGAGGCUCUGUCCAGUUAACAUUAAAGCCAUGGUGUAGGAUGAGUGAAGCAACUGAAAGAUAUGCAAAUAUUUCCUCCUUUAAUUUAGGAUAUGUGACUGCCAUUUGUUACUUAAGUUGGCAGACUGGGGUUACUGUUGGAUCUCCAGUUCUGUGUAACUAUAGAUGCUCUGACAAGGAUGGCUUUUUAUUUCCAUCUGUAUUUGGCUAUGAGGUUGCAACCAGUUCUUUCUGAUGCAUGCACAUUGUUACCAUUAUUCCUGGUUUUGUAACAUCAAGGUUAUAUAUAGUAUGCAGUGCAUUCUACGUGAGGCUAUGCCAUAAAUCAAGUGGGAAUCUGAAGUUAGUACAAAAAGCAGAGCUCAGUUGUUGGGUGAAGUUUCUCGCAAACUCUUCUUUGUGACUUGGUAUUGGCUAUCUGUAGGUUUCCAGGUGGACUUACUUAUUCCUAAAUGACUUGGCACCUGCCUGUUUGAAAGACACUUUUCAGUCAUGUGUCAUACUGCUGCAGCUGUGGUUAGUGGAUAACUUGUGAGCUUCAAUGAGAUGAUACAUAGAAAUGAAUCCUGUACUUCAGGGCAGGUACCUAUGAGCUAUUUAUGCUGCCUGAUUUACAUAUUGGAAGAAUGGACUGGUGUGGAGUACCUUGAGGACUAUCUGAAUUAUGUGGCCUACCUUUUAUGGGUGUUUACUCCACUCAUAAUAGUUUUUAUACUUCCUGGACUUAUCCUCCUCCUCCUCUACAUUUCCAUUAUUUUUCUUUAUGUUUAUAAGAGGAAGAAUGAACUAAAAGAGGCUUAUUCCAAUGAUAUCUGGGAUGGUGCAAGGCAAAUGGUGGCAACUUUAUGGGAUGCACAUGCAAGAAUAUGGCACGGUUAUGAGGUUCAUGGUCUGGAAAAAAUACCAGAAGGACCUGGGCUUGUUGUGUUUUACCAUGGCGCAACUCCUAUAGACUAUUUCUACUUCUUGGCUAAACUCCUUAUACUGAAGAACAGAAUGUGCUAUACAGUAGCUGAUCACUUUGUCUUUAAAUUACCAGGUUUUAAACUUUUACUUGAUGUGUUUGGUGUUAUGCAUGGACCAAAAGAAGAAUGUGUUAAAGCUCUGAAGAAUGGCCACUUGGUGGCUGUCUCGCCAGGUGGAGUUAGAGAAGCACUCUUUAGUGAUGAAACCUAUGUUCUUGUAUGGGGUAAUCGUACGGGCUUUGCUCAGGUGGCCAUUGAUGCAAAAGUGCCCAUCAUUCCUAUGUUCACACAAAAUGUUCGGGAAGGAAUUAGGACAUUAGGAGGAAUAAGAUUAUUUAGGUUGAUAUAUGAACGUCUUCGAUUACCACUCGUUCCUAUAUACGGAGAGUUUCCAGUCAAAUUUCGUACAUACAUUGGAGAUCCUAUUCCAUAUGAUCCAAAUAUAAAUGCUGCAGAACUGUCUGGAAAGGCAAAGGCUGCAAUCCAGUCUUUAAUAGACAGACAUCAGAAAAUACCAGGAAAUGUAUUUAGGGCUUUAAUGGAACGAUUUGAGACACAGCAGAAAGAAGACUAGUGUGUGGUGCAUAACAAACUACACAUUUACUUGUAAUAUUUUCAAAACUGUUUGUAACUUAUAUUAUUAUCCUCAGAAUUGAUUAUUACAUGCAUUGUCUUAAUGAUAUUUCUUUUUUAAUGCAGAUGUUUUCUGUAUAGUUUAACGAGCUGUGAGCAAUGAUGAUUUUUUUUUCUCCCCCCUUCAGUGACCACUAUCAAACUUGAGCCCAAACUUGCAGUUUUAGUCAGGUAAAAAUCUGACUAAAGUAACUCGCUUUCAAGUGCAGUUCUAUAUUGAAAAAUAACUUAGUGAAAAUGACUUUGGAGGCUUCCAUAUUCAUGGUCUUUUGAUAAUUUCCAUCUCAAAUUUGCAGGUAAAAAAAAUGUUUUGUCUAACUUCCAAGCCUACAAACACAUGGCAGAUUCUGACAUACAAGCUAGAUUCUUUCUAUCUAAAUACCAACACCAGUAAUAGAGGUUCUUCCAAGCAAAUAAAGCCCUGAAAUACACCUGUGAAAACCCAUUUUCUUUAGAUUAUGUCCUUGGCUACAUCUGUACAAACUUAAAUUACAUUCAAAGAU